AAAAUCGACAAAAGCAUUUUAUUUUUCAUCAAGUUAAACUGCGACUUGCAAGAAAAAAAAGCGAACGAUGUCCGCAACUAAAUAAAUUUCAAAUUUGCUAAAGCAAAAGUUCAUUAUGGAAAAGUUAGAUCAUUUGAUUGUUAAAGCACACUAUGGAAAUGUUGUUAAGCGUUUCAGUAUAUCUUUUCUGUUUACGUAUGUAAAGUUGAUUUGUAUGUUGAAAGAACUUCUUGAAAUUGAUUUUAUCACCAAUUUAAAAUUCAUGGAUGAAGAGAAUGAUUUAAUAACUGUAAGUACAGAAGAAGAAUUUAAAGAAGCUCUAAAAACAGUUUCAAAAACUGAUGGUAUCUUAAAACUCUUUGUUAAUGAUAAUCAACCACAAGUUCACAAUAAAAAAGAUGCUAAUCAAGAUAAAACAAUAAAAGAAUGCAAUUUUGAUUUAAAGCUAAACUUUGAUAGUAAGGGUCUUCAACAUAUGCAAUCAUCUAAGAAUGAGUUUGUAGAGAAUGCCUACAACCAUAUUUCAUUUGCAGAUAAUAAAAAAAGGAGUUCAAGCUCAAAAAAAAAUGAACAAAAGAAAAAGCAUAAAAGUUCAUCUGAUGAUUCAAGCAGAUCUUCUUCAUCACCUUCAUCAUCAUCUUCUGAUGAAAGCUCAUAUUCAAGUGCUCAACAUUUAUCUGUGAAAAAAUGUCUUAAAUCAUUUAAGAAAGAAAUUAACAAUGAAUUUGAAAAAAAACUACAAAAUUUGGAAGAUAAGAUAAAUGCUGUAUCAAAAAAGCUUGAAGUUGUUAUCCAUUCUGUUCCUGGAAGUAAUGUUUUGAAUUUGUCACAAUCUAAAAAAAACUCCCGUGGACGAUAUCUACAUACCAAUGUAACAUGUGAUAACUGUACGGUAGAGAUAUUUGGACCAAGAUACAAAUGUGGGAAUUGCAGUGAUUAUGAUCUUUGUGAAGAAUGCGAAAGUAUAGAGGGUAUACAUUCACCAAGUCAUGUUUUUUUAAAGAUACAUUAUCCCUCAAGUCAUUCUGGAAGAAAAUUUGGUUUGAUGUCUCGUCCUCUAUUGCAAACAAAUAUAUAUGAGGAAAGAGAAAAAGAAAGAGAGAAAGAAGACUUGUUACAACGAAAAUUGUCGUCAGGCUCUGAAGUAAAUGUCAAAGCAUUUGAAGAAAUUGAUAAUCUGAAAUUAAAAAUCAAUGAUGCUGAUGUAUUAAGAGAGAUUUAUGAGAAACAGUUAAAGAAAGAAGUAAAAAAGAGAAAAAAAACAUUAGCCAAAAAGAUACGACAGCAAGCAAAAUUUGCAUACAAGAGCUGUGAUUUAACCAAAAAUGAAUUGCUAUCUGAACAAAAAUUGAAAAAAAAAGAUUUAAAAGAUGUUUCAUUAGUUUCAUCUGGUUUUUGUUUUACUCCUUUAAAAUCAGAAUCAAGCAUAGAUAAAGUCUAUACAAAUCAAUCUAAUGUCUUUGAUGGCGCACCAUCAUUUGAAUCAGUUAAGAAUUCUUUAGAUCGUGCAGAAAGUACACAAUCUGAUAGUGAGAUUGUUGUUGUGAAAACUGGUGCUAACUUUCAAAUGUCAAAUUCUGGCUUAAUGUCUAAACCAGAUUUGGUUGGUUGCACAAAUGAGUGUCUUGAUUCUUUGAAUAAAUAUUCCAGUGAGUAUAGCAUGUCAAACAGUGAGUAUCCAAAUGACUAUUCCAUGACAGAUGAUUUUAUUGUUGUGUCAAAGUUUUUUGAUUUGAAUGUUCCAAUAGAUGGUUAUCAAUACUCAUCUGCAGUAAAUCCUGCUCUAAAUCCUAUAUUUCCUAAAGAAAAAAAAGUUUUUCAAAAUGAAGAUAAAACUGAAGAAAGACUAGAAUAUCCAGAUUUAGGGCAAUCCAAAAGUUUUCAACAGACUUUAAGAAAUCCACCCUCCUCAGAAAAACCUGAUAAUGCAUCAAAUAUUAAUCUAAAUAUUGAUCUUGUAUCCAAUAUUAAUCCAAGUGUUGAUCUUGUAUCCAAUAUCAAUGCAAGUGUUGAUCUUGUAUCUAAUAUCAAUCUAAAUACUUGCAAUGCUCCACCAUCAAUUUCUGAUGUUACUUUACCUGCUCAAAUAGUUGAUAACCCUAUGGAGGACUCUAAUCCAACUGAUCAGGCUCCAGUUGAUCUUGUAGCAAAUGUUCCUUUGAUCUCAAGUCAACCUCCUGACAUAACUAUACCUGGUUCAUCACUUAGUACUGAAAAGUAUUUUGAAACAAGUCCUAUAUGUCAUAAUGCUGUUACAUCACAACCUGAUAACUCACAGUCAUUAACUGCAAUUGUUACUCAACCAUCUGUAGAUUGUAGAAGAAAAAUCAAUCAGUCACCUGUAGAAAAAGAUUCUAUUCGAUUGUUGGACCAAGCUUGUGCAUUCAAUGAAAGCAACAAGUUGUUAUUGGAUUCAGAUCUAUCAGUUUCUAAGGACAACAAAAGUACUUAUGAGAUGAAUUUCACACAUGGAAGCAAUCCGAUAUCUAAAACUGGAUUUUCAGCAACUAAUGUUGUAUUUCCAGACUCAGAACACUCCGUAAAAUACAGUUCUAGUUUUCAAAAUGCAGUUAUUGCACGUGGCCUUCCGAAUCAAAUUAAAUACCCAACAGAAUCUAAUGAAAUGCAACAGCUUCUUAACAUGGGAUUUUUUGACCGCAAAUUGAACCAAACUUUUCUGACAAAACAUGCUAACAACGUUGGAGCUUGCAUUGACGAACUUCUUAAAUAUAAUGAUAAUAAUUGGAAUAAUUUGCGUCAUUAAAUAAAUGAUCAUUAGCUUAAUCCUAUAUUGCAUGAAUUAAAAUAUUUUUGUCUGGAAUUAUAAUAAUCUAAUAUGCUUUUAUUUGAUUAAUAUUUAAAGAAUAUGGGAUUUGUUAAUUUAUAGCAACAUGCAAGGAGAAGGAAAAAUUUAAAUAAUUUUUAUUUUCAUUUGAAGAUGUGUAAAACAGGUUACGUAUUUUCACAAUUGUAGUUUACGCAUUCUCACAAUCGUAGUUUACAUUUUAUCAAUAAACUUUUGGGACAUCAUUUUUACUUUAUUUCACAUUAUUUUCUAAAUAAAUUUUAGGGACGCCAUUGUGUUAAGGGUUUUUACAUUGCUCUUCAUUUUUCCAUUAUUUCACAUUAUUUCACUAAAAGCAGGUAAACGUUCAAUACUGUCGGUUUAUUUAGAAUGCAGGAACAAAUGCAACAAACCUUCUUUUUUUUGAAAAGUAUGUUUUUUUAUUUUUGAUUUAGUCUUGUGACCUCAUUGCUCAACAGCAGAUACUGGGUUUACUAUCUUAUAUCAUGAAAGUAGUGUUACCCGUUUAUUGUCAAACCAUAUGACGGCCUGAACUUCAUUAUUGUUAAAAUUGGUGCUCAAUAAAGAACUUGAUUCUAUAUCUUGUUUUUGCAUAUCUGUUGGUAGUUUUAUAAUUUAUAAUCAGCCUACCAACAUGUACAGGAACAUUCCAACGCAUGUAAUUUAAUAUAAAAACAGUGUUUUGAAUAAUUAUAUCUUCCAUACCAGUUAUUAAAAUAUAGUUUAUGCUAUCAAUAAAGCUGUAUGAUUUAAAUUGUGUCCAUGACCGUCAGUUCUUGAAAAAACAUGAAAUUUGAAUUCCUGUUUUUGGGAUUUUUGAUGGGUUGUACUGUUUCAUUGAUGAAUUAAUUUUUUGUGAAACAAUCUGUUUAUCAAUACAUAAAACAAACGUUUCUUUGUGUUUCAGUUUUAAACAGAAGUGCUUGAACAUUAAUAAUAGGUCGCAUUUCCCAUCAAUUAUCUUUUAUUAUUAUCAAUUAUAUUUUUUGUUUACUAUAUUGUUAUCAUUACAAUUAAAUAACUUGUUUUGUUCAAGUUGGUUGACAGUCGUAAAUUCCUCAGUUUUUUAAAGUAUAAGUCAUUGUUUCAAUUCAUUUUGGUCGAUGGCAUUUGAACAAUGCUCAUACCAUAUAUGUUUUCAAUCAACUGUUCGAUUUCAUAUUUAUCAAAUUAAAGUGAUUUGCUAGAAUUCUAUUGAUCAGCAUAUUUGUUAGAUUUUUUGACAAUUUAUCGCGACAUUUGGUCACUUAAGGAACAUUUUACAUACUAAAUAUAUUCAAAAAUAUGUGCAUCACCGUCUGUUUAAUUUUCAACCUGAUAGUGAGGAUAAUUUUUCUCAUCUUUGUCUGGAUUUUAUACCAGGUAUGACUACUGUUUUUUUAUCUAGACUUAGCUGAUAAUCAAACUUUAAAGAUUUUUAAGUGUUUAAUUAUUAUCAGAUUUAUCCUCUGUAUCAUUUAAAGCUUUUUAUCCUCUGUAUCAUUUAAAGCUUUUUAUCCUCUGUAUCAUUUAAAGCUUUUUAUCCUCUGUAUCAUUUAAAGCUUUUUAUCCUCUGUAUCAUUUAAAGCUUUUUAUCCUCUGUAUCAUUUAAAGCUUUUUAUCCUCUGUAUCAUUUAAAGCUUUUUAUCCUCUGUAUCAUUUAAAGCUUUUUAUCCUCUGUAUCAUUUAAAGCUUUUUAUCCUCUGUAUCACUUAAAGCUUUUUAUCCUCUGUAUCAUUUAAAGCUUUUUAUCCUCUGUAUCAUUUAAAGCUUUUUAUCCUCUGUAUCAGUUGAAGAUUUUUAACCUCAGUAUCAGUUGAAGAUUUUUAUCCUCUGUAUCAGUUGAAGAUUUUUAUCCUCUGCAUCAGUUGAAGCUUUUUAUCAUUUUCAGUAUAUAAAUCAGUACAAUCUGAUGUUUCUGAUUUUAACUUUUCGUUAUGUCUAUACUCUAAUCACUACCAUAUGAAAUUUCUGGAUUCUAGGCUCUAAAUUUUAUAAAAGCGUGAUGAAGGUUUUGACAAGGAUAAGUCUCUAUAAAAGCACAUUUGUCAUCAGUCACAAAUAUAACUUUUCAAAAAACUUUACUAUACAUUUUAAAAAACGCAAAUCAGAAACAUGUUAUUUUGCUUUGAUACAUGAUGUUGCUUGAAAGUAACAAACACAACUUUUUUUUAGAUUUAUACCUUCUUAUUAUUUAUAAAUGAAAUCUAAAUCUUUUUGAAACCUAUUUUUGUUGUGAACAAAUUUCAAAGCAAACUCAAAAUGGUGUGACCGUUACCACUAAAUUGGUAACUACGGUUUCUCAUAAGGAUUUUUUUAUUUUUAUUGUAAAGUAGUCUCAACCAAAACUAAGGUAAUUUACAAAACUACUAAAAUGAUGUUAUGGUUUAUUACCUUUUAGUUGGACUCUGUAUAUGACUCCAUAUACGGUAUGUUAAUUUAAAGAUACAUUUUGCAAUAUAGAGUUAAGUUAUUUCUUUGUUGUGACCUUUUCUUUGUUUUGUUUUUUCAUAUUAACGGUUGUUUGUUUUUUAUAAAGGGAGUUGUAAUAAUAAAGUAAAUUAAAACAGUUAACAAUAAGUUAUACUAACAUAAUUUUUUUUUAUCUUUAUAUAUAAAAAGUCUUUUGAAAAAGUAUAUUAUUUGAUUAAUUAUUACUAAAUAUAUAAUGUAAGUUUUUUGCUGUUUUAGCUUAAGUGAGAAAAUGAUUCAAUGUUUUAUUUUAGUUUUUAAAAAAGUAGUUGAACUUGUUUUAUAUUUUUAGCAUUCAACACUUGCUAAGCCGUAAAUAAUUGUAAUAUUACCGAUAUGAUUUUCUGUUUUGUAAAUAUUGCACACAUUGAUGAUAAACUCUUCUAUAUAUUACCAAUAUGUUGCAAUUGUUUUGAAUUAUGAAGAAAUAAAAUAUUUCAAGUUUUUUUUUUUUUUAAUUUGUGCCACGUUUAAGAAUUUUUUUUUUUAUAGUAAUAUAAAUAAUUUCUUUUUUAAUUGACCUCUUUUUUUUUGUUUUUGUAUCGUAGUUGUACCAUUUAAACUUUUAUUUGCAUAAUUUGAAGCAUUUAGUUUCUGGUA